CCCAUUCCCGCACCCCCGAGAGCCCGCCCAGAGCUGCUGCUGCUGCUGCUGCUGCUGCUGCUGCUGCUGCUUCGCCCGGAGAGCUGACAUGGUUCCAGCGCACCUGACCCUGCUGGGCUCCGGCGGUACUUGAGGCCAAACCCCGCGUGGCACGCUGGCCCUUCGCUAACUCAAUGCUAUGCAAAAGAAAAGGAGGAGAAAGAAAAAAAAAAAAAAAAGGAAACCUUGACACCGGUUGCGGUGGGAAUGGCUGUUUCCUGCCCUGGGUGACCCUGUGUGUGGUUUCUUGCUUGUGAGAUGAACUAAUUCGCCUUUUUUUACCCGGUGGAGGACGCGCUGCAUAUGGCAACCUAAACUUUGGUAAUGCUUGGUCGUUGCUGAGCAGUUGGAACUUUUACUUGGUUGUUUGUUGUUUGUUUUUUUUUUUUUUUUUUCAUAAAGUCACCUAAGGAGCCUUGUUGCUUUCUUCAGGAGCAUUGGAGGAAUCUGUCUUAAUUCUUCGCCUCAAGUGACUUUAUCCCACCGUGAGUGCAGCCAGCGCACCCACCUAAACACGUUCUCCCUCAAAGCUCCUUCCCAGCCUGGAGGAUCAGGGAUCACGGACUUCUCCGAAAAACUUCUCGUCCUGGGAAAGGCUGCCCAUAGUUACUUUAUGGGGCAGCAGCCUGGAAAAGUUCUUGGGGACCAAAGGAGGCCAAGUCUGCCUGCCCUGCACUUCAUCAAAGGAGCAGGGAAGAAGGAGUCAUCGAGGCAUGGGGGCCCACACUGUAACGUCUUCGUCGAACAUGAAGCCCUUCAGAGACCGGUAGUGUCAGACUUUGAGCCCCAGGGACUGAGCGAAGCAGCUCGCUGGAACUCCAAGGAAAACCUUCUGUCCUGUCCUAGUGAAAAUGACCCCCAUCUCUUUGUUGCACUGUAUGAUUUUGUGGCAAGUGGGGACAAUACCCUCAGCAUAACUAAAGGUGAAAAGCUCCGUGUCCUGGGCUACAAUCACAAUGGGGAGUGGUGCGAGGCCCAGACGAAGAACGGGCAGGGCUGGGUCCCCAGCAACUACAUCACCCCCGUGAACAGCUUGGAGAAGCAUUCCUGGUAUCACGGGCCGGUGUCACGGAAUGCUGCCGAGUACCUCCUGAGCAGCGGGAUCAACGGGAGCUUCCUGGUGCGGGAGAGCGAGAGCAGCCCCGGCCAGAGAUCCAUUUCCCUGCGAUACGAAGGGAGGGUGUACCACUACAGAAUAAACACGGCCUCCGACAGCAAGCUGUAUGUGUCUUCAGAGAGCCGCUUCAACACCUUGGCAGAGUUGGUCCACCACCACUCCACCGUGGCAGAUGGGCUCAUCACCACCCUGCACUACCCGGCGCCCAAGCGCAACAAGCCCACGAUCUACGGCGUGUCCCCCAACUACGACAAGUGGGAGAUCGAGAGGACCGACAUCACCAUGAAGCACAAGCUGGGUGGAGGGCAGUAUGGAGAGGUGUAUGAAGGAGUCUGGAAGAAGUACAACCUCACAGUGGCUGUGAAGACUCUGAAGGAGGAUACCAUGGAAGUGGAAGAGUUCUUGAAAGAAGCUGCAGUAAUGAAGGAGAUCAAGCAUCCGAACUUGGUGCAGUUAUUAGGGGUGUGCACACGGGAACCUCCUUUCUACAUCAUCACGGAGUUCAUGACAUACGGGAAUCUGCUGGAUUAUCUGCGUGAGUGCAACAGGCAGGAGGUGAAUGCUGUGGUGCUGCUGUACAUGGCGACUCAGAUCUCCUCAGCCAUGGAGUACCUGGAGAAGAAAAACUUCAUUCACAGGGACCUUGCUGCCAGGAACUGCCUUGUAGGGGAGAACCACUUGGUGAAGGUGGCAGACUUUGGCCUGAGCAGGUUAAUGACGGGUGACACGUACACGGCCCACGCUGGGGCAAAAUUCCCCAUCAAGUGGACUGCACCAGAAAGCCUGGCCUACAACAAGUUCUCCAUUAAAUCCGACGUCUGGGCCUUUGGAGUUCUGCUGUGGGAAAUUGCAACCUAUGGCAUGUCCCCUUACCCUGGGAUUGACCUGUCUCAAGUCUAUGAGCUGUUGGAGAAGGACUAUCGUAUGGAGCGCCCUGAAGGCUGUCCUGAGAAAGUUUAUGAGCUCAUGAGAGCAUGCUGGCAGUGGAGCCCUUCUGAUAGACCUUCCUUUGCUGAGAUCCAUCAGGCCUUUGAAACGAUGUUUCAGGAAUCCAGCAUAUCAGAUGAGGUGGAGAAGGAACUGGGAAAGAAGGGCAUGAGGAGUGUAGUGAGCAAUUUCCUCCAAGCCCCAGAGUUGCCAACUAAGACGCGAACAUCAAGGAGAGCUGCUGAAAGCAAAGAUGCCAAUGAGGGCUUGGAGACUGCACAUGCUCGAGGCCAGGGGGAAUGUGACCCUCUGGACCACGAACCUGCUAUUUCUCCCUUGCUCCCACGGAAGGAGAGGGUGGCCCUGGAGAGCAGUUUGAAUGAAGAUGAGCGGCUGCUUCCGAAGGACAAAAAGCACAACCUCUUCAGCGCCCUGAUCAAGAAGAAGAAGAAGACAGCUCCUACACCUCCGAAACGGAGCAGUUCCUUCAGAGAGAUGGACGGGCACUCGGACCGCCGGGCGGGCGGCGAGGAGGAGUGCAGGGAUGCUGGCAACGGGGCUUUCGUUGCACCCCCCGCAGACACAGCUGACCCCUCCAAGUUUCAGAACCCAAGCAAUGGGGCUGGUGUCACCAACGGGGUUGUCGCUGGGAACUCUGGGUUCCUGUCCCCCCAUUUACGGAAGAAGUCCAGCACGAUGAGCAGCGGCCGAGGGGUGGCUGGGGAGGAGGAGAGCAGUUCCAACUCGGGCAAACGUUUCCUGAGGUCCUGCUCAGCCUCCUGUGUGCCCCACGGAGCGAAGGACACGGAGUGGAAAUCCGUGACUCUGCCUCGGGAUUUGCAGUCCACGGGUCGCCAGUUUGAUUCCUCCACGUUUGGGGGGCACAGAAGUGAAAAGCCAGCACUGCCUCGGAAACGGGCAAACGAGGCCAAGACUGACGUUGCUGUCAGGGGGACAGUGACCCCUCCUCCACGGCUGCUUAAGAAAAACGAAGAGACCACUGAUGAUGUGUUCAAAGAUGCAGAGUCGAGCCCUGGCUCCAGCCCUCCCACCCUGACACCAAAACUUGGCCGUAGGCAACCUGCUGCCCCUCCUUCCUCCGGCGGGCUCCACAAGGAGGAUGGGGUCAAAUCCAGUGCCUUAGGUACCACUGUGACCAUGGACCAAGGUUCUGCUGCCAAACCCAACCCCGCUGGGUUCGUGGGGGCCAGCAAGGUUUCCUCUGAGGAGCCACGACUGAGGAGGCUCAAGCAGACCUCGGAGUCGGCAGGGAAGGACAAAGGGAAGUUAUCAAAGCUGAAACCGGCCCCUCCGCUCCCGCUCGCUUCAUCCUCCAUCGCCAAGCCCGGGAAGGUUUCUCACAGUCCCAGCCAUGAAGCAGCAGCAGAUGUGGUGUCUGGGCCGAAAUCCAAACAGUUGACUCAGGUUGGAGAGGCUGCAGGCAGUGAUGCUGUCAAGCCAAACCAGUCAGGGGAAGGUGUGAAAAAGCUGGGGAUCCCCUCUGUACCAAAGCCACAGUCCUCUACAAAGCUGCUGCUGAGCACAGCAACCCCAGCUGCCUCUUCCUCAUCCAUACCCUCUGCCCCAGGCGGGGACCAGGCGUCAUCCACAGCCUUCAUCCCUCUCAUAUCCACCAGGGUCUCGCUGCGGAAGACCCGGCAGCCCCCGGAGAGGAUUGCCAGCGGCACCAUCACCAAAGGGGUGGUGCUGGAAAGCACCGAGGCUCUGCGGGUCGCCAUCAGCAAGAACUCUGAGCAAAUGGCAAGCCACAGCGCCGUCCUGGAGGCUGGCAAGAACCUCUACACCUUCUGCGUGAGCUACGUGGACUCCAUUCAGCAGAUGAGGAACAAAUUUGCCUUUAGGGAGGCCAUCAAUAAGCUGGAGAACAACCUGCGGGAGCUUCAGAUCUGCCCGGCCACGGCCGGCAGCGGCGCCGCGGCCACCCAGGACUUCAGCAAACUUCUCAGUUCAGUGAAAGAAAUCAGCGACAUUGUUCAGAGGUAGCAGAAAAAACAGGUUAGAAACAAACAAAUCAAAUCAAUCACAAUGGGCCAAAGCCAGCUGUGGAGAGAGUAAUGUGUGGACUGACAAAAGGACCGGGACGUUCAGGUUGGGGCUGUGCAAAGGACGCAGACUGUGAAUGGGCGCCCCAGCUCCAAAGGGCAGGGCUGUGUUCAGGAGGCACUUUCCACCCUCUGAACUCAGAUUCCCUGUGUUUCAUAUACUUGUAAUCGUCUUAUCUGUGGAGUUCUUGCCUUGUGGACUACAAGUCUAAAUGCUGAUGUCACGCCAUGCCUUUUUAUUAAUAUUUUAUUGUUCUGGACAGACCGUUAAGACUGAAGCCAGGCUGAUGGACACUGAGAUACCAUCCUCCUCAGGAGGACUUUGUACUGCAUUUUCAUCCCCUCUCUCUGCCCCCCUGUACACGAUGAUGCGUGUUUGGAUAGCAAUAUACCCACUGUGUUUCUUGGGAGAGCUGCAGCACGUGGCCCUGGCCCAAGUCUGACGUUUUCCUGACAUUAAUGAAACAUUUGGCGCUUGGGAGGGGAGGGGGGAAAAAUAAUUAAUGUAAGGUUUUUAUGAAUGACAGAAUGCUACAAAUGAUGAUUGCCCAUAUUCUUGCUGUGAUUCCACCAGCUGCCCUUUGUUUCUGUGUUUUCAGUAGAUUCUCAGUGUUGUUGAGCUCAGAUGAGCUGUUGGGUUCACAAUGUUGGAGGCAGCACCUGCGGAUCUCCCUCGGUAGCAAAACAGGACUGGGGAAGGUCUGGAGGAGGUUGUGCUAUCAGUCUCGUGAUAUCUGACAUUAUUUGGGCUGGUGUUUGGCGUGGGGGGUUGCAGAGCCCAGGGAGCUGGUGCUGAGCAAGGCAUUGCUCCCUGAAAGCCGGAGAGGGGCAGUGAGGGGGGAUGGCUUGGGAUGAGCUCUGAAACACCACUGUGCCUCCAGCAGCUGUCUCGGCUGAGCCUGCACGUUGCAGUGGAUGGGAACUGCUGUGCCUCCAGUUGAAUUUUGUUCUGUGAGUAGAGAAGGGGCCUGGCCUCUGCCCUCCUGUGCUUUGAGGGGCUGUGGUGCCUGCCUUUCCGUGCCAGUGGAGCUCCCCGGGAAGAGCUCCAAUGCCAGUACUCUGGGGUUAAACCAUUAGUACCUUCAUGGUGGUGUGAUUCCAUCCAGCAUCAAACAAGGAUCUGUGAAGACUGCAGACGCUUCCCUUGGGUGCAUCUCCCAAGGAAACCGCCACAAAAUGCUGACAGCAGGACUCCUGGCCUUCCUUUCCAAGGCCCUGUGACCUUCCCAACUAAUGCAGCACGGCUGGGAACUAACUGUGACUUGUGACAAUAGUGAAAGAACAAGGUUUAGGGCUAUUAACAGUGCAAUUUAACUCCUCUUAACAGUUCCAAACAUGAGAAAAACACAUUUUUCAUGUCCUGUUCCCCUGUAACUCUCGUGACCCCUCUUGUGUAUCUUAAACACUAAUUGCCUUCAAUUGUAUUUUAUGCUGUUCUCUUUGGAACUGUUUGUUUUGUAUAUGAUUUCUAGUACUUCACUCGUGUGUGUUCACACCACUUCUCGCCCUCACAAACAGCCAUGACUUAACACGUGACAAAUGUUCAAAAGAAAAUACACACUUCUGCCACAGGCUGCCUUUAAAAAUGUAAGAAAAGAGAAAAAAAAAAACAACCCUUGGACUGUCUCUUUCCUGGAGGUACUGUUUUUACUUUGAUAACAUAUUGUGCCACUAUAUUAUACAUUUGUAUCUUGUUAUUACACACUUUUGUAGACUUGUCUUUUUUACAGUGUGUAAAUAGCUCUGUCCUUCAUCUCUGUGAUACUUAAGGGGGUCGUUUCCCCUUUAAUUUAGUCCAGUACAGAUUGUUUCUGUACAUGACUUUCAAUUCUUCCUCUUCUCUCUCUCUAUUUUCCUUUUUUUUUUUUUUUUGAUUUAUUUUUUAUUCCAGUCUCUCUUGUGUAGUGUAUUUAAAAAUAAAUCAAUGUUGAAGAAAA